CCCGUGAUUUGUCCUUAUCGUUCCCCACGACACGUUCCUCUCUCUCUCACGUACACGUCUCCACCCUCCCCCCACCAUGUCCGUCAAGUUCCAAGACAAGGCCCAGGAUGAGGCUGCAAAGUCUAUCCGCAAAGAGACCAAGGAAUUGGCCCAUCAUGUCGGCGAGCGAUUGACCGGCGGCAACCCCCAGACGGGGUACCUCGCUCUCUAUCUCAAGCAUCUGCAAUCCAACCCGUUGCGCACCAAGAUGUUGACCUCCGGAGUCCUCUCCGGCCUCCAGGAGUUCCUCGCCUCCUGGAUCGCCCACGACGUCAGCAAACACGGCCACUACUUUAGCGCGCGCGUCCCCAAGAUGCUCCUCUACGGCAUGUUCAUCAGCGCCCCGCUGGGCCAUCUCCUCGUCGGCAUCCUGCAGAAGAUCUUUGCCGGCCGCACCAGUCUCAAGGCCAAGGUCCUGCAGAUCCUCGUCAGCAACCUGCUCGUCUCCCCCAUCCAAAACGGCGUCUACCUCUCCUCCAUGGCCGUCAUCGCCGGCGCGCGCACCGUCCACCAGGUCCGCGCCACCGUCAAGGCCGGCUUCAUGCCCGUCAUGAAGGUCAGCUGGGUCACCUCCCCGCUGGCGCUGGCGUUUGCCCAGAAGUUCCUGCCUGAGCACACCUGGGUUCCGUUCUUCAACAUCAUCGGUUUCUUCAUUGGGACCUAUGUCAACACCCAUACGAAGAAGAAGCGUCUGGAAGCGCUGCGGAAGCGCUACGACCAGCGCCGCAGUGGCCCCGGCAGCGAAUACGACAAGGAAUACCGGUAGAUUCAUCUUGUCCGUGAGCCUUUGAUACCCUACUCUACUCUUGACUCUCGACCAAAUCAAUAAGAAAGACAUCACUGCCAUGAACGACAGUGAUGAAAUCCCCCCCCCUGUACGUGCUCCGAUUAAUGCUGUAUCUUCUAUGUUCUAUGUUUCGAUCUAUCUGUGUUUUGGCGUGGAUAGAGAUGCUGUAAUGAUUUAUUCUUUAUUUUUGCUUGUUGAUAUGAUGCAAUACACUACUUUAUAUUAUGUUAG